AAAUCGAUAUUCGCUCGAUUAUUCGUUUGCCUGUCAAUUUCUGCAGUCAGAGUCGAAUCCGCGAAUCUGACGGAUUACUUUGAUAACACUCGGUAUAUCGAAACAGUCGCGUCAUCGAUGGUAAGGAUAAACGCGAGUUUAAUUAUUGUAAACUUCCGGAAAUUAUCGAUGUCAAAUGGAAAGAAAGCGUAGCGGGGGAGAUCGAUGAGUGAAGCUUAGUAUCGUGUUUAUUGCGAGCUUCCUAUCAUUCGCCUCUUCGAGAGGCGAAACGUCAAAAAGGAAAGGAGCUAAAACUCGAGAAACUACCCACAGUUGUUGUAAAGAUGAAGAGAGGAGGCAUGGAAAUUGUAGCGUUGCUGGUGUUAUCGGUCGCAAAAUUGACUCGCGGGGAUACAAUUUACAGUCGCGAGGAUCCCUGCAUCAGUUUGUGCGAAAAGACAUCUACUAGUUUUUCAAACAAUAUUUAUGUAAAGUCCUGCUGUCAACGAGGCUGCAGAUUCUUUAAUCUGGUCGACUUGCGUUCUGGAUGGGAAUCAAAUAGUUUGAAUGGCACCAGGGAUGCUUGCGAGGCUUCAUGCAUUGAGGCUUACACAAACCUGCAAAAUCGUUAUGCCUGUGGUACCGGUUGUGAUUUGAUGGCCAAGCAACGAGUUACAGACUUGUUGUCUCUGUUUUCUAUCGCUAUAUGUGUCGAAGAAGGCAUAGACUCCAAUGUUUUAUUAAUGUCACCCGACAUGCCGGAGAAUGAUAUAUUAACCGAUCCUGGAUUACGCAAGGAGCUUCUUCCUGGAUGGUGGGAUACCAAUGGUUUCAAAUUGCCGCAAACCUAUGUUAAAACUGUACCAAUGGAUGCUGGUACUGUGGAUUAUGCUUUGUCCUCUGAUUAUUCCGGUGAAACCGAGCAAGCGUCUACGCCUGGGUCUGACUGGUUUCAUUGCGCAUUAAAGCAGAUAAAAGUACCUUACUGGGUCAUUGAAGUACCUCCUUAUUGGCUUUUUGCUUCCAUCAUAGCGAUAGUCAUAAUGGUGUUCAUACUGGGGCUUUGUCUAUCGACAGGCGAUGCCCCAACAACGUCCCGCAAAGAUAUGCUAAUCGAUAUGUCUAGUUCACCCAAAGUUGCAUUGUACAUGCCAGAUGAAGCCCCAUUGUACAAAGAUCCGCCACCUAAAUACGACCAUUCGUCCAGUCACUGUACAUAAUCAAAACGUCAUUUGAUUUCGUCGCUCUUAUUAUUUUGCGGCAAAUCACCACCCAAGAAUCGAAAUGAUGAUAGUACAAUACACAAAAUUAUGGAAAUAGCUAAAGGAUUUAUACACAUCAUGAUAUAUUAGAAAAUUUUUCCACACCCAAAAAUCUGUCUAUAUAUUGUGAAAGGUAUAUAAACAUUUUAUAUUAUAUAUAUAUAUAAACAUUCAUGUCAGUCUCUUCUUUUUGCCGUGUGAGGAAAAGAUCGAAAUUUCCUAUACAAAGAUUUCAAUUUCUGCUGGAUAGAUUAGAAUUAUGUUUUCAUUUCUUUUUUUACACGGCAUGUUAUUUUGUCGUUUGAAAUGUAUCACACAUAGAGCAUCAGCAAUAUUGUAUCUUGUACUUAUGCAAAAUAUACAUGAGAAUUAUGAUAGUUGUCUUUGCGGAUUACGAUAUAUACAAGUAUAAUUAUAUACAAGUACAUUGGAUAUAUAUAUACAUAUAUAUAUAUAUAUAUAUAUUUUAUAUAUACACGCAUUUCGCGCGAAUCUUUUCAGAGUUUUUAUAAAACGUCCUAUCACAUGUGUUAGUUAGAACUUGUUUAUAGGAUAUGUAAGGCAAUAUAUUGUAUAUAUCUAUAAUAUAUUCGCGUAAUUUUAAUAUUUGAUUUAAAUUUCUUAUUAAUCUUCAUCACCAGAGAUACACGAGACAGUAAAUUACAUUAUUGAUAGGCAUUACAUAUUAUUUGCAGUAUUCGUUAUAAAACUUUACAUAUGUUGUUCCAUUGUAACUCUAUUUAUAUUGUUUAUUCUUAUGGAGCACAAGGCGAAUAGCAAUAAAUAAUAAACAGUUUUUAUCUUUCUUUAGAUAGGACGGUCGCGAGAGACAUGUGUAAGAAUAAUAUGUUAAAAUCUUUAUGCAACACAGUUUAGCUUUGUAGUGUUGCAAUGCAGUCUUGAAAGUUUCAAAUCUUGUAAAAAUUUACAUGUGAUCUAGAAAUAUAUAACGUAUAUGUAUUGUACAAAAAGUAAAUAAUUCAAGUUCCUGUUCGCAAGACUUUUAUAUAUUCUUGAAUUAAAUCUUAUUGUUACCUAUAUAUCGAGUGUAGAAAGUAAGAUUUUAUGUGUUUUUUCCUCUGAUGCGAUUUGUUGAGAGUAGCUAAAGCAUUCCUAUAUAUAUAUCCAUGUGUGUUUUAAAAAGUCUAGGAGUAGAUGUUAUAGAAAAUCCUGAAUGUUAUAAUGUAUUACAAUAUAUUUAUAAAUAUCAAAAUAUUUAUUGCAUAAUAGAAAAGUACAUGUAAAACCAAAGUAUCAUGUUCCUUGAGAGUAGACUAUCUUAUACUACAUAUUCUACAAAUAAGUAUGUGUUAUUCCCAUAUAUGUAAACCAGAAAAUAAAAUAUAAGUUUGUUAUGUGACA